AUGACGGUGUUCGAAGUUUGGAAGGUCUUUCUGAUUUUAAACUGCUUUGCAGGUCAGGUUAGUAUGGUACAGGUGACCAUCCCAGACAGUUUCGUGAAUGUGACUGUUGGAUCUAAUGUCACUCUUCUCUGCCUCUACACCACCACUGUGGCAUCCCUGGACAAGCUUUCCAUCCAGUGGUCAUUCUUCCACGAGAAGGAUAUGGAACCAACUUCUCAUGGCCCGUGCCUCAAUACUGAGAGUAUGAAGGAAAAGGCAGUCAGUCAGUGUCUAAAAGUGGUGCAUUCAAGAGACGCUCGGGGAAGAUGUAGCUGGACUUCUCAGAUUUACUAUUCUGAAGGUGGACAAGCUUCAGCUAUUGGUCAAUUCAAGGAUCGAAUUAUAGGGUCCACUAAUCCAGGUAACGCGUCUAUCACUAUAUCUCAUAUGCAACCUGCAGACAGUGGACUUUACAUCUGUGACGUUAACAACCCCCCAGACUUUGCUGGAAAAAACCAAGGCAUCCUCAGCGUCACUGUAUUAGUAAAACCUUCCAAGCCCUUUUGUAGCAUCCAUGGAAGACCAGAAACAGGCCACCUGAUAUCUUUGUCUUGCUUCUCUGCAUUUGGGACACCAUCUCCUGUGUACUACUGGUAUAGAAUUGAGGGAGGAAACAUCGUGCCAGUGAAAGAAAGCUUCAACUCAACAACUGGGAUUUUGAAUAUUGGAAAUCUGACAAAUUUUGAACAAGGUUAUUAUCAAUGUAUUGCUGUCAACAGCCUCGGCAAUAGUUCCUGUGAAAUUGACUUAAGCUCUUCACAUUCAGAAGUUGGGAUUAUCAUUGGUGCCUUGAUUGGAGCCCUAAUAGGUGCUGCCAUUAUCAUCUCCGUGUUUUAUUUUGCAAGAAACAAAGUUAAAUCAAAGCAAAGGAAGAAGAUUAGCAACCCCAGAACGGAACUUGAACCAAUGACAAAGGCAAGCCACAUCCGAGACACUGAAACAAUUCCAACUGAAGACAUCCAGCUAGGAGCAACUUUGCCAUCUUCCACCCAUGGCACCGGACCUGAUACCAUCUUGAAACUGGGAUAUGAGGCUACCCCCCAGCUAGAAUCUGCUUCCCAGGCUGACCCAGAACCAGAUCCAAUAGUGGUGCCUGAGAUGGAGAUUCACCUGGAGACAGAGACCGAGCCUGAGAUUGAGCAUGAGCCUGAGCCAGUGUCUGGGAUUGUAAUCGAGCCUCUGGUUGAUGAGGAAAGUGAUGUUGUUAAGGCAUAG